CAUGUCACAACCCUGACCGUGGACGAGGAUCGGAUCCUGCCCUCAUUUGGAGCAGUAUCAACCUGCAGAGCCUGUUUCUGUCUGCCUUCGGUCUCCUGUAAGAAGCCGCACCGGCAAAUGCAGCCUUGAAAAGAUGCCUCAGUGCCAAAGAAAUAGUUCUGCACAAUUAGUGUGUGAAAGAGUCCAGUAACAACAUCUUCAGUUUACUCCUUGGCUAACAAAAGCAAUACAAGAAGAAACAAAAUACUUCAAUUGUUCUGAAAUGACAGAUUUGAGUUAAACAGGCAUAUCUGCAGAUUCCUCAGAAAACUUCCAAAGAAUGAAGAUUUUGAUAAUGAUUGAUUUUGUCCUUGCAGCUAGCAUGAUGGAUGCCAUUGGCAGCUCUGAUCCACAGAACUGUUUUCAAGAGCAGAUACGACUUCAGGGCCAGGUGAGGCUUCUAGAACAUCGUGUGAAACAGCAGCAGUUAAAAAUUGUACAGCUUUUAGAGAAGAAAGAGAUUCAGUACAGUGACAGAGGAGAUGAAAACAGUGUCAUUGACUUGGGAGGAAAAAGACAGUAUUCAGAUUGUGCGGAAAUCUACAAUGAUGGCCAUAAGCAAAGUGGAUUUUAUAAGAUGAAACCUAUCCAGAGUCCUACUGAAUUCCUUGCCUUCUGUGACAUGUCUGAAGGGGGUGGUUGGACUGUUUUUCAGAGACGUUCUGAUGGCAGCCAGAAUUUUGAUAGAGUCUGGAAUGACUAUGAAGAAGGCUUUGGAAAUUUUGUUUUGACAAAUGGUGAAUAUUGGCUUGGAAAUAAAAAUCUUCAUUAUUUGACUAAUCAAGGGAACUAUACUUUAAGAAUUGAUCUAACUGAUUUUGAAGGAGAACGGCGUUUUGCACAAUAUGCAAGAUUCAGAGUUGCAGGUGAAGAGCAUUCUUAUGAGAUGAGCUGUGGUGAGUACUCUGGUACAGCUGGUGAUUCCCUUACUGGUGGAUUUCAUCCUGAAGUAAAAUGGUGGGCUGAUCAUCGAGGAAUGAAAUUCAGUACUAGAGACAGGGAUAAUGACAACUAUGAAGGGAACUGUGCUGAAGAGGAAAAGGCUGGCUGGUGGUUUAACAGGUGUCACUCUGCCAACUUGAACGGGUUGUACUACAAAGGCCCCUAUACUGCAAAGACAGACAACGGGAUUGUUUGGUACACUUGGCAUGGGUGGUGGUAUUCUCUGAAAUCUGUUGUCAUGAAGGUCAGACCAGAAGACUUUGAACCUAAUAUUGCUUAAGUAUUUUAUUAAGACGAUUUAUCUAGUUAAUCUUUUAGCAAAUCAAUCCAAAUUAAAACAGAUGGGCAGAUUUUUGCUUCUCAUCUAUGCAUAUGUAAGUCUGGAAAAAUUCCUCUGCAACCAGUAAUUUUAUGAGAUGUAAAUGAGAAAACAAUCUGGCCUAUGAAUCUGUAGAUACAAAUACUAGUGCUAAUAUGUGUACAGGAUUUUUUUAAAAAGGCAGGCAUUCACCUAGGAAUAAGGACAUCUUCAUCAACAUGGAGAAUUUUUAACUUCUGCAGUAACUACAAAUCCUUUCAUCUUUUAAAAAACAGUAUUGUCAGUGUGUUGUCUCAAAAAUGAAAAUGAAUUGUACGUAUUACAACAAAAAACUAUUUAAAUACAAGUGUAAGGCUGGUUUACUCAGUGGAUGGAACAUACUUUCUUUGGAAUGAUUCAAGGCUUUAGAAGUGACUUGCCUGUAAAUUCCUCUGAUGUAUUUGUUGCCUGUGUUCUGUACAUAGCAUACAUAAAAAGUAUAAAGAAUGAGGCAGGGAACUGAAGGAAGAGAAGGAAUGCUACCAGGCUAGAAUCAAUUGAACCCAGCAUGCAGGAGUGGAUUGUCUGUUGUUGCUGAAGCAUUUGUAGGGCUGGUCACUUCAUUUCAAUCUAGCAUUUUUAGAUAGUCAGUAAUUACGCCUUUCUUCUUCUUGGUAAUCAUUACGCCUUUCUUAUUUUUGGUAACAUUUGGUAACAAAACCUGGACUUUAAUAUAUUGACAUGUGGAGUUUACCAAAAGGCUAAAUAACAAAAGCUGCAACUAAUUUUAUUGUGAGCUAUGCUUUGAACAUAGACUAUCAUAAUGCAUGUGUAAAGGGAAGUGUAUUUCAUGUGCAACUAAAAUCUGGCAUUUUAGAGGUUCUUAGUGCUUAACUCUAUAAAUCUUUACUUUCUUUAUGUAUCUGUUAGACUCCACAACUCUCCAAGUUCUAAUGUCCUGUUCAGUCACUUCAAAGUGGUUCUGCUUCUAAGCCUAUUAUCUUCUCCUUUUCCUAUGUCUUUGUCUUGGCUCCCUGGGCUUUCCCCCUUCUCAAGCUGCAGAUCCACAUUUUUCUUGUAUAAGAAAAAUUGUAAGAGAGACACUGCCUACCCUGGCUUUUGUGCCUAGCACCACAAUAGACUCUAACACGCUGUAAUAACAAGAAUCGCUAAUUAGUGCUUGCUGCCAUGGGGAAGAUAGGAACACUCUCUAGAAAGCUAUCUGAUGAAAUGUAAUCCAUUUCUGCUGAGCAGAUGCAAAUUAAGAUUUUAAAUAACACAUGGAUCUGAGCCAAACUUGAGUACUUUUAUUUCCCUGCUUUCCUAAAAUAAUUUUGCUUUUGUGGUUGGACUGCCAGUUUCUCUCCCUCUGUCCAAAUACAAGUUUUGAACCUGGCAGCCAGUUUCAGUCAAGCUUAACAUAUUUGAAACUAACUGUUGGCAAAAAGUCCCUGGAGAGGGAUUUUUUACAAGGGCAUGUAGUGAUAGGACAAGGGGUUGCGGCUUUAAACUGAAAGAAGGUAGAUUUAGAUUAGGUAUUAGGAAGAAAUUCUUUACUGUGAGGGUGGCGAGGCACUGGCACAGGUUGCCCAGAGAAGCUGUACAUGUCAUGUCCCUGGAAGUGUUUAAGACCAGGUUGGAUGAGUCUUUGGGCAACCUGGUCUAGUGGAGGGUGUCCCUGCCUGUAGCAGGGGGUUGGAACUAGACGAUCUUUAAGGUCCCUUCCAACCCAAACCAUUCUAUGGUUCCAUGAUUAGUUAAUAUAUAACUAUGUUGAUAUGAAUACAGGUCAGCUGAAUGAUAACUCCGUGCAUGGCCAUUUUUCCUUCCAUUUCCAUCCUCCAAACCCAAAAGUUUGGCAAGAAUCAUUGAAAGAAUUGCAUGGAAUAAGAGAGAGAGGAUGUGUAGAACAACUAGGGGAAAAAAGAGAUGUUCAUAUGAAACAAUCUCACUCAAUAAGAUAAAUCAGAUUACACUUAAAAAAAAAGGGAAUUAAAUAGAGAAAAAGAUGAGGUUCAGGCAGCUAAAAAGAACAUUACCAUGUAAAAAUGGUGCUGAUAAAAAUCUGCAGUAGAGAGGUUUUGCGGUCUGUGCUUUUUGUGGUAAUAGCAGGUAUUCUAGAUAAUCUAGUCUUUUUUGUGAUGUAUCAGUAGAUACUCUGCUAGAGAUUUCUAGCCUUUAGCACAUCCCUGUACCCCUGCAUGACAGAACUAAUGGAUAGCUCUACAGCUGCUUAUCUGGAACCUUGUUUAAGCAGUUAAACCAAAUUAAAUUCUGUUUCUGACAGGAAGGCAUACCAGCCUAUGUAUGUGUGUGUAUGUAUAUACUUAUAUAUAUAUUUAGCAUUCAACAUUGAAACAGAACAACUGAUAUGUAUUUUUAUCCAAUUUUGUUACAGAAUUUAAAAUGAACUCCUGUGUAACUCUAUGAGUAAGUCUGUAGGUAUAUAGGUAAUAAAACAAUGGAAGUUUUGGAGUAGUUUAUAAAGAUGUUGUAAGUACAGUAUUUCCCAUCGUGAUUUUCAAAUUCUUUUUCUACUCUAAGAGGAGAAGGAUUUAAUUCUUUGCAAAACCAUGGAUGGCAUUAUGUAGAAAUUGUAAAAACACUCUGAGUUUUUCACAGGAAAAUGGAAAGAUUAGCUCAUGUAUUUGGAGAGUAUCAAGACAGAUCAUAGUCCAUAUAAUUUAAAUGAAAGACACAAAGGAUUUAAGUACGGCAAAGUUGGAUUUCUAGCACACAAAAAAGACUCUGAACAUGUACAGAUGGUGCUCAUAAAAUCUGCAGUAAUUUUUUUGUUUGCUGCAGCAUAAACCCAUCCUAUUUACUUACAAGAAUGCUAAUGAAAGAUUUGAGCUGAGUUAGGGUGCUUCUGUCAUAUUUUGAUGUAAAAUUUGACUCCCUUUCUCUAUUGGAAAUCACAAAAUGAAGGAGAAUCAAAUCUUUCUUUAUACAUCUUACAAUGUAUUUAUAUGUUUGUUUGGACUGAAUGCUUUUCAGAACAAGGAUUUUGAUAUCCUAGCAGUCUGAAAAGCAUGAGGCAUACUGCUAGCAAUAUGUAAAUACAGUAUUUAAUUCCCGCCAUCUUUCUAUGGCCUUUCUUUGUGUAAUAAAACUUUUUGGCCACAUGACAAACAUGUGAAAGUGUUGUAAUUCAAAAUGAUCGUAUAGUUGUUCUCAAAUAAACAAACCCUUUAUUUUCAAAA